AUGGAGCUUAUCGAGGCUCUUUUCAUCUUCCAAACGAUCGUUGAUAUCACGGCGAUUUGUGUGCACGCGUGGAUUUUCGCUUUAUGUUUCAAAAAGGGUCUCUACAUUGCAAAGCAGUACAUCUAUGCGUCGUGUGUUACGUCAACGCUUAUCCUCUUCCUCAACGGGAUCUUUAAUCGUGUCCGUGUCUAUGCCAUCACCGCUCCCUGGCUGCUUUGGAUGUACCGUUUAGUGGCCGAUGCCAAAGUGGCCCUCGUCGAAUAUGUGAUCUUUCAUUAUCUUGUCAAGUCCGCAGUCACUGCAGCUUUCGCCAAUGCAAUUGUCAAAUGCUUUGCACAGAAGUAUCGCAAGAAAAUGGCGGGUUUUUGGAAUGAC